AUGUCAGGGUCGACCGAGAAUAGAAUCUUUUUUCUUCAGGACAUUCCUGGCAAAGGUAAAGGACUUAUUGCCACUAAUAAGAUUCUUAAGGGUACUAGAAUUCUCUCUGAAGAGACUAUUAUGAGAGUUCCUGACAAUGCGCCCGACAGUCCGGUCCUACAGUCCUCCGUACGCAGGCAGGUUGAUGAACUUACCUCGGAACAACGGCAGGCCUUUCUAUCCAUGUGCAACGUCUAUCCAAGCAACACUGCCUCACAAUAUAUUGGUAUCAUUCGAACGAACACUCUUCCUAUUGACAUUGGCGGUGGCAUCUUUAUUGAUGCGUGCCGCAUAAACCACGCCUGCGACAAAACCGAAUAUCACUAUCCAGCGUCGUGGUGCGGACCUUUCGGGUAG